CCAAACUUGUUGACAAGACCUUAUAUAUAUCUACGUACCUCCACCUUCAACUAUCAUCUCAAGGCUUAACUUCCUUGUGAAAGUCCUACAAUGGCUUCUUCUUCUUCUUUCAGGGUCACUCCUACAUUAUCUCUUCUUCUACUAUUACUUUUGGUGGGGAGCUCCUCUGCUAAACUCUCCACUGACUUUUAUGCAAAAUCUUGUCCCAAACUUGAGCCUACAGUGAAAUCUGUUGUUAAAUCUGCCAUUUCCAAAGAGAAAAGAAUGGGUGCUUCUCUGCUUCGUCUCUUCUUCCAUGACUGCUUUGUUAAUGGAUGUGAUGGAUCGGUACUGUUGGAUGACACGUCAUCCUUCACCGGAGAGAAAAAUGCAAAACCCAACAAGAAUUCAGCUAGGGGAUUCGAUGUAAUUGAUGAUAUAAAGACUGCUGUAGAGAAAGUGUGCCCUGGGGUUGUUUCCUGCGCUGAUAUUGUGGCCACUGCUGCCCGAGACUCUGUGGUCACGCUUGGAGGGCCUAGUUGGAAAGUCAAACUUGGAAGAAGAGAUGCUAAAACAACCAGCAAAUCUGCUGCAAAUAACGGCAUACCCCCACCAACUUCAAGCCUAAGUAACCUAAUCUCUAAAUUCAAAGCUGUUGGUCUCUCCACCAAGGACAUGGUAGCUUUAUCUGGUGGCCACACAAUUGGACAAUCAAGGUGCACUAGUUUCAGAGCCCACAUAUACAACGAUACCAACAUAGACAGUUCCUUUGCCAAGACGAGGCGAAAAAAUUGCCCCAAAACUUCUGGAUCUGGAGACAACAAUUUGGCACCUCUGGACCUUCAAACCCCAACUUCUUUUGACAACAACUACUUCAAGAAUCUCAUCGCACGGAAGGGAAUCCUCCAUUCUGAUCAACAGUUAUUCAAUGGUGGAUCCACAGAUUCCAUUGUGAAGUCAUACAGCAGUAGCCCUAGCAAGUUCGUGUCAGACUUCACGGAAGCCAUGAUCAAGAUGGGAGACAUCAGCCCCCUCACUGGCUCUAAGGGACAGAUAAGGAAGAACUGCAGGAAGGUGAACUAAGGGCAUGGAGUCUAUGCUUGAAUGAAUCAAAGUUUUUAUUUAAUUAGUCUUAGGAUCUCAGUACUCUCAAGGAUUUUUUUUUUUCUCUCUUUUGUAACCUUGAAGAGAGUCGUGUGUCUCUUGUAGCCUUUACGGUUUGAUUUUGGCCUUCUGGAUUUGUUAUCGUGAAUAAAAUCGUGUCUCAACAAA